AUGACAGGCGAAAUAGCCAUGGACAACGGAUCUUUUAUCCUUCCUGUUCUUGAACAUAGCAUCAUGUCAUAUACAACUUAUUUUGGCUUCUACAGCAUAGAUGGUAAAUCGUUCAUUCUCUCUAUUGUGAUUGAUGGACCCCAAGCUCCAGUGAUCUGGUCUGCCAACCCUGACGAUGCUGUAAACAGUGGCGCCAUCUUAAACUUCACCAGAGAAGGGAGCUUGCUCCUUCAGAAUGACGAUGGUACCACGGUGUGGUCCACCGCCACAAACAGCAAGUCAGUUGCAGGUAUGGUCCUCGACGUGUACGGGAACCUAGUGAUCUUCGAUCAGGAUAACACCUCUGUCUGGCAGUCGUUUGACCACCCAACUGAUACCUUGGUAAUCGGGCAGUCACUUUGCAUGGGAAUGAACCUCAGUAUCAGAACCUCAUACACAAAAUGGUCAUCUGCCAGGAUUUAUUUUUCUGCAGAGUGGAAUGGGCUGCAGUACUCUUUCAAACCAGCAGCCUUUACAAAGUUGUUUGAAUCUGGUACUACACAAUCAACUUGUUAUGCAUUUGCCAAUGAGGAUUCAUCAAAUCAUUUUUCAGCAUUUCUCAAGAUAGAAGGCAAUCAGUCAGAUAAAAGGAGGAUCAGUAUUGUUGUGGGCUCAAUUGCAGGAUUUUGUCUAAUAUCUAUCUUAGUUUGUGCAGUGGUAUGGAAAAACUGCAAGAAAGACGAGGAACCACUCUUUGAUGGCAUACCCGGGAUACCAAAACGUUUCUCCUUUGAUGAGUUAAAAGUUGCUACAAGCCACUUCUCUAUAAAGCUUGGUGCUGGUGGCUUUGGGUCUGUAUUCAAAGGUAAGAUAGGAAAGGAAACUAUCGCUGUCAAACGCUUGGAGGGUGUCGAGCAAGGAAUGGAAGAGUUCUUAGCAGAGGUCAAAACAAUUGGUCGAAUCCAUCACUUCAAUCUCGUAAGGGACCAGAGCAAAGUUAUGACUCGAAUGCGAGGAACACGUGGAUACCUAGCACCUGAAUGGCUGGGCUCAAAAAUCACAGAGAAGGCUGACAUUUACAGCUUCGGGAUUGUGAUGAUCGAAAUAAUUUGUGGCCGAGAAAAUUUGGACGAAUCACAGCCCGAUGAGAGCAUCCAUUUGAUAAGCCUGCUUCAAGAGAAGGCAAGGUCUGGUCAGUUGUCUGAUUUGGUGGACAGUAGCAGCAAUGACAUGAAAUUCCAUUUGGAGGAGGUCGUGGAAGCGAUGAAGGUUGCAAUGUGGUGCUUGCAGGUUGAUAGCAGCAGAAGGCCCUUGCUGUCAACAGUGGCCAAGGUGUUGGAAGGAGUGAUGAGCAUGGAAACCACACCUGACUGCACUUUUGUCCCUAGUUUUGCAUCAAACAAAACCAAUUUGGCGGGAUCAACUUCUUCCUAUGUGCCAUCUGAGUCACAUUUAUCCGGGCCUAGGUGA